AAAUAUUUUUCGUUUUCCCUUAAUUUAACGUUUUAUAGAUUUGUGCGUGAUUCUACUAAACAUUCAAGAUGAUGAACCAGUAUAUAAAAGAGUUAGAACAAGAGCCAUUUGAUCCAGACGAGUUUGUAGAGAGAAUGGUGAGACGGAGCAUGCAGGAGUCGAGACUCAAGGACGAUGAAUUUGACCCAGAAAUGAUACAUGACAUAUUCACUCAGGCAAUACAGGAUUUAAAGGUGCUGCAAGAAAGGCAAGAGAGGAAAUGCGCAAGAUUGGAACAGUCGGUGCAGGAGGAGGAGAAAUUAUACGGAGCCAAACUAGCGGAGAUCAUGGAACAGCACACUCACUGCGUGAACGUGUUCAGCUCGCUCGACGAGCGCAUGUCCCGGUGCGGCGGGCGCGCGCUCGACGUGGGCGAGAAGCUCGGCGCCGCCCGGGCUCCGCGCGCGCGCGCCGCCGCCGCCCGGGACCUGCUGGCCCAUCUGGCACACUUCCUCAGCCCCGGACCGGUGCAUACUGAGCUAUUCAACGACCCGAGCAAGCUUAACGACGCGGCCGACGUCAUCCAAAAGCUUCACACCAUCGCCCAAGAAUUACCACCCGACAAAUUCGAAGUGGCCAAGAAAAAAAUCGAAGCCAAGUACGACGAGAUAGAACGCAACCUCAUAGAGGAGUUCGUGAAAGCGCAGAAUCAAGGGGACAUGGCCAAGAUGAAAGAUAUCGCUAAUAUAAUGACCAACUUUAAAGGUUACUCGCAGUGUGUUGAUGCUUUUAUAGAGACCAGUCAAAUGAACACCCUGAUGGGCAAGGAUAUCUUCUCUUCUGUCCUACCUCUCUGCAAGAAGAACUACAACAUCAUCAGCGUGGUGUUCUCCAACCCGGAGCAGGUGAUGAGCAAGUUCGUGCUGAACAUCUUCCACCUGAAGCUGCAGAAGUACAUUCAAACCAAGCUCGCGGACAAGAGCGACGUCGAGAAAUACCUCAGGAACCUUUAUGAUAUGUAUACAAGCACCCAAAGAGCUUGCGACGACCUAGUAUCAGCUGGUUUCAUAACCGACUCGGGCAACACCUCGCCCGGCUCUCUCCGGCGCUCGGCGCUGGUGAACGGCGCGCUGGCGGGCGCCGCCGACGGAUACGCCGCGCUCGAGUGUCGCCGCCUCCGAGCCUUGCUGUCCAGCCUGCUGCACGCUUACUACAGCGACAAGGGGCAUGUCAAGCGGCAGAUACAGGGCACGGGAUUCCAAGAACUUCGUCGGGAUUUGCAAGCCGUGAUCGGGACCCGAGCGAACAUCAACAUCGCUCAGAUCGAGAACUACGGCGGCGAGACGUUCCUGAGCGAUGCGCUCGUCAGCCGGAUGCUGGCCGAGGCGAAGACUUCCUUCACCAGGUGCAAGACUUUAUGUACUCCUAACGAGCUGCCAGGCACCACGACUGCGCUCUUGGACGUGCUUAUACAACACUUGUUGGUCGAGCAUGUGGACUACGCGCUAGACCUGGGCCUGCAGUCCAUACCCAUCGCUGAGAGCAAGUCCCCGAUGAUUUACUUCUUUGACACGGUGAAGGAAUGUAACAAAAUAGUAAAAAUGUUUGAAGAACAUUUUCAAGAAUCCGUGCUACCUUGUAUGAGUUCCACGGCUAAACAGACUGAAUGCGUGAACAAGAAGACCACUAUAAUGGAGCAGCUGGAAGCUAAACUGGACGCGGGGCUCGAACGAGCUAUAUCGGCCAUUGUUGGUUGGGUGAAGCUGCAUCUACAGACCGAACAGAAGAAGUCAGACUUCAAGCCGGAGGGGGACGUGGACACCCUGGCGUCGCCUGCAUGUCAAUCCGUGGUGUCGUACCUGAACAACGUGAUGGAGAAGAUCCACUCCGGGCUAGAGGGUGACAAUCUGCAGGCCGUGACCUUGGAGCUGGCCAUCCGUCUCCACAGGGUCAUUUAUGAGCAUCUGCAGAACUUCCAGUUCAAUUUCGCAGGGGCCAUGGUAGCGAUCUGCGACGUGAAGGAGUAUCGGUCGGCGGCGUGCGGACGAGGCGCUCGUGCCGCGCCUGCGCCCGCGCACUCGCUGUUCGACGCGCUGCACGCGCUGUGCAACCUGCUGCUCGCCAAGCCAGAGAACCUGCACCAGGUGUGCGAGGGGGAGACUCUAGCCGAGUUGGACCACUCGAUCCUGCUGAACUUCAUCCAGCUACGGUCGGACUACAAGAGCCACAAGCUCUCGAGCUUCCUUAAGGGGCUGUCGUAACUUAGUUCAAGCUAGUAGGGAGUAGGGUAAGAUCGGGAUAAGGAGCCCCAUUUUACAGAGCUACAUUC